UCAUGCCUCGUGGGGCUCGUUUACUUAUUGGCACGGCCGGCGAUCAAGCAGAGGAACUCCCGACUCCGAAUAAGAUCAGAUCAGAAAAAUAAGGAGCAGAGAGAGGAUGACAUCGCCGAGCCUAACGGCGUGCCGGCAUGCUGCAGCUCGUCCGGGUGCGGGCAGGGUCACCGGCUGCGGCGGCGUCAGGGCGACACCGCUCCGAUCAAGACCACGAAAUACUUUUGCUCCGAGUGUCCAGUCGUCGUGGUCGCCGUCGAGAGCGAUCACCAGUUGCGCUCUGAAGCCCCCGCCUUCGUACGGCGGCAAGGCGGCGAAGGAGAAGAAGGUCAACCCCAGGGACCUCUUCACCUUCUCCUACAGGUUCAACACCGACAUCCCCAUGGGUGAAACUCCCGGGGCAUCCAUCGACGAGUACCUCAUGAACAGGCCGAGGAUCGUCGGGGCCGUGUUCCCCGACAAGCGGAAGCGAACCAAACUCAACGACGAGGAGUGGAGCGUGCAGCUGGUGCCGAUCCAGUUCCUGUUCCUGUCGGCGUGCCCGGUGAUCGCCGUCCGCUUCGUGAGCAGGUCCGGCGGGGAGGGGUACCCGCCCCACGUCCCCGUGCACGCCACCAGCCUCCUCCUCAUGGAAGUGACGGACUACAAGCUGAAGGGGCUGCAGAGGGACGCGAUGCCGUCGCACCUGGCGCUGACGGUGCGGGGCUCGCUGUACCCGCAGCCGGAGGGGCGGCGGAGCCUGAGGGGCCACGUGGAGAUGAGCGUGGGGUUCAACCUGCCGCCGGUGCUGGCGCUGGUGCCGGAGCCCAUCAUCCGGGGCGUCGGCGACACCGUGCUCCGGCAGCUGGCGGAGCAGAUGAAGCACGACUUCGACACCGGCCUCGCCGCCGACUUCAAGAAGUACCGCACCGAGAAGCUCACCGAGGGGAGGACCCGCAAACACUGAACCUGAACUUUCUUCCUCAUCAUCAUCUUCUUCGAUUUUGUAACUGUGGUGAUGAUGGCAUUGAUUCAUGCAAGAUUCUUUAAUUUGGAGCUCGUCGCAUGAUCAAAAAGACUGCAAAAGCGUCGUGUUAUUCCUCGGUGCGACGGCAUGACUGAGAAGAUCAUAAUAACUUAGGAUCCAGUUGCUGUAAAUAAUGUAAAUUAUACUUACAAGCAUACUCAAUUAUACAGAGAUUACUGAUCUCAGACUA